AUGCCACCCCGGCGGCAUCAGCCGUUGCCUGUGGCAGACAGAGACGCCUUGGACGUUUUGGACAAAGAAAAGGCUUCCAGUAACGUUGGAGAGGCUUCUUCCUCGACCACCACCUCGUCCAUUUUACCAACACCGAAAGUGUUCGGUCUAAACGCAACCCCGACUCGCGCCCACCAUGCUGUUCAAGACGAGGUGUCCAGAGUCUUUGCGCCAUAUAGCCGACCUGCAGCCAAAAAGAGGCCAGCAUCUCUGUGGUCAAUCAAACCAUCUAGUACCACCUCAUACACACACAAGUUCUUUUGUAUGAGUAGCAGAAAGGAUGACGAAGUGCCCUCACUGUCGUAUAAAGAAACACUGACAGCUGCUGGAAUGGGGGAGCGUAAAAUAGUAUUCCCAGAUAAACUUUGCAGUGCUAUGGACUUCUCAGCACAGUUGGUCCACCACUAUCCCAAACUCAGGGAUGGGGGUGGUUAUGAACUGCUUCAUAUCGUCGGUUCGACCAGAAGCAAGGUGCUUGAGGUUCUGCCCUGCCCAAAAAACGGAUAUUCCCCCAUGUACCUUCUCAGUGCUGAAGCAGGACUUGGCAAAGCCACUAUCUACAUUAGACCUCUGCAAAAAGAUCUGUGUCUAGAACCAGUAUGGGGGAGUUCUGGUGAUGAAAAUGAUGGACCAAUGGUUGAGUGCAUGUAUUGCCACAACAGUUUCAAACAUUCCAAUAUGCAGGAUCACGUAGACAUUUGUACAAGAGAUUUUGGCAACACAGAAACUCCCACAGUACAAGCUGAGGCUGACAACCAUGGAAAGAUGGACACAACAGAAAGACAGGCAACACUAGAGGGCAGUGGUCAUAGACACACACAAAAUGAGACUGACAUGUACAGGCAGACGCAGAUUGAAAGCAGCCAACACUAUGAGAGACAGACUGAUAGAUGGCCACAAACCGACAGUGACCACCACAGACUCCAAAGGCAAUCGAGACAGAGAGAAGAACAGCCAUCAACCAGCAGUAACAAUGGUUCAGUCAACAUCUUUCAAUCUCCUGAAAAAAGUCAUAAUGCCGAAUGGAAAGCAGAAAAAAAAGGAUCCAGAAAAGGCAGCUGAGACUUACAGAAGGGAUUUACUGCAACAAUCAGAAACAUACAGGAGUCUGAAAUAUGUAAUGGAUAUGCAUGAGAGCCCAGAGGAGAAAGAGCGUGCAGUUGUG